CAAACAAGAAAACUCUCACUUUCUCACUCAUUUUCCCUUCUGUGUAAAGUCUUGAUUAUCAUCUGCCAUCGCAGCUGGGACCUUCUAUCAUCUACAGGCUUCGUCUAAGGGAAGUCGGCUUUUCUGACCAACUGGUGACCUGAUGUAAAGGUUAGAUUGAUAUUUUCUGAGGUACAGAUUCAUAUUCUUUUGAGCAGCACAAUGGCAACUGAGAACCCAAUGAGAAUGGUUGAAAGUAGGAGACCUGGGCAGUGGGGUUCUUCUAAUGAUGAGCUGGGAUUGUUCCUAAAAGGGCAUCAUAAUAAAGUCCCACAUCGAAGUGGUAGUGCUCCUCCAAGUAUGGAAGGUUCAUUCACGGCAUUUGGGAGCCUCACAUUCCAGAAAACUGGAAGUUGGGAUUUAGGUCCCACAAACUCAUUAGACACAGCUCUGUUGAACUGCCCGUCUGAGGAACAAAUACGGGCCCUCCCAUCAUAUUUUGCAUACUACUCUUCAAAUGUCAACUUGAAUCCACGGCUUCCUCCCCCUAUUAUCUCAAGGGAAAAUAAGCACCAUCUUUCUCGCUGUGUGGGGUCCACUACGAACGAUGGUUACAAAUUCACUGCUUCAGGUGACAGUGGAGCUAGUAGACAUGUGGCCUUUCCCAGAGGCUCUCUUUCUACUCAUAUCGAAGAGCCCGAUGAUGAAAGUUCUGCACAAUCUGCUUCAGAUAUAUCAGCACAAAAUAUAACUACCGAAUUGACUGGACCAAAAUUAGAUGCUUUGACCGGUCACCGUAAAAGUUUGGUUGGUUUAAUUCAGGACAACUUCCAAGGCACUCCAUCGCCGCUUUAUAGUCAGUCCUGUGUUGCUUCUGAGGAACCAACUGAAUGCAAUGUUCAUUCGCUUGGCCUGGAAAAUCUUUCUCUUGAAGCUUUACCAAAACACAGCGCUCAUUCAUUAAGCAAACUAGGUUCGAGAGAAGAAGACAAUGAGGUUUUCCAGAAACCCGCAAUGGUAGAAUCCACCAAGGAAGACACUAGUUCCAGUUUCCAGAAUGAAACUGUGCCACAUCAUCUUCACUCUCAACGGAACAUACCUCACCAAGUCACUGGCCUACAAGUGCAAAUACCAUCUCAUGGUUUGGACCAAGGACAAUUUCACCCUCAUCUUCCAGAACCUUCCGGACUGGCACCGCCACCAUUGUAUGCUGCAGCUGCUGCUUAUAUAUCUCCGGGAAGUCCAUUUUAUGCCAACUUGAACUCAUCCGGAUUAUACUUUCCUCAAUAUAGCAUGAGUGGUUAUGCUUCUAUGGGCUCCCCAAUUUUUCCUCCCCAUUAUUCAUCUCAUAAUAAUAUUCUUCCUCUCCAGUUUGAUGCCAUUUCAGGACAAAACCUUAGCAGUCAAACUAGGGACAUUCCACACCUGGGGAACAAUGGAUUAAUGAUGCACCCUUCCUUGCCUGAUCAUUUCGGACCCUUGCAGAUGCAGUACUUUCAACAACAUCCUGUUGAGGAUGCAUUCAGUGAUCCAUCUGUUGCAUCUUACUUUGGUGAUCAAACAUUUCUGCCACAAAAUCAGAGGAAAAUAGGAGUGCCUAAUAAUGGUCACUAUGGAAGUCCAACUACUGUGGGGUACGUGCCACAGUUUCCAUUGUCUCCUUUGGACAGUCCUGUCCUGCCAGGUUCCCCUAUAGGAGGGGCAUACCCUUUUGGGAGGCGAAGUGGCAUAAGAUUUUCACAAGCAUCUAGCAAAAAUGUUGGAGUUUAUCCUGCUUGGCAAGUGGAGAGAGACAACUUCAUGGAACCUAAAAGGCCCUCAUUGCUUGAUGAAUUAAAAGCAAAUAGUGGGAGGAAAAUUGACAUCUCUGAUAUUGCAGGACGUAUUGUUGAGUUCAGUGUUGAUCAACAUGGAAGCCGGUUCAUACAGCAGAAGUUGGAGAACUGUAGUGAUGAAGAGAAAGCUUCUGUUUUUGCAGAAGUACUUCCACAUGCCUCAAAGCUAAUGACUGAUGUCUUUGGGAACUAUGUUAUUCAGAAGUUCUUCGAGCAUGGAAGUCGAGAUCAAAGAAAGGAGCUGGCUUGUCAAUUAACAGGAAAGAUGCUACCUUUAAGUUUGCAAAUGUAUGGUUGCCGUGUUAUCCAAAAGGCACUUGAAGUGAUUGAACCUUAUCAGAAGAGAGAACUAGUGCAUGAACUUGAUGGACAUGUGAUGACAUGCGUACGAGAUCAAAAUGGGAAUCACGUCAUACAGAAAUGCAUCGAAUCCGUUCCAACAGAAAGUAUUGAGUUUAUAAUAUCUGCUUUCCAAGGCCAAGUUGCCACUCUCUCUACCCAUCCUUAUGGUUGUCGAGUGAUUCAGAGAGUGUUGGAGCAUUGUUCAGAUGACUUACAAAGUCAAUGUAUAGUCGAUGAAAUAUUGGAAUCAGCUUAUAUUCUUGCCCAGGAUCAGUAUGGUAACUAUGUGACCCAGCAUGUUUUGGAAAGGGGAAAACCACACGAAAGAAGGCGGAUUGUUGAAAAAUUGUCUGGGAAAGUUGUGCAGUUGAGUCAACAUAAAUAUGCAUCAAAUGUUGUAGAGAAGUGCUUGGUGCAUGGUGAUGCUGCUGAUGAGGAGCUUUUGAUCGGCGAGAUUCUUGCACAGUCCGACGGGAAUGACAGUCUGCUAGUAAGAUACUUGUACCCCUCUCUAUCUUCUCUACAAGUGUGUGUGAGCCUCUUUAUCUUUUAGUGGACUUGGUGGCUCCCUUGGUAGUGGCUCUAGCACUGCUCAUAUCUUUUAGGUAGGGUAAGGUCUGCGUACACCCACACGGGUACACUCCCUGGCCCCACUUGUUGGACCUUACUAGGUUUUUCUGUGUGUGCCUGUGUUUUCAUGCUUGAUGUGUAUUGAAUUGUUUCAACUUUCUGGAUGUAGAUGAUGAUGAAGGAUCAGUUUGCAAAUUAUGUAGUUCAAAAGAUUCUUGAGAUCAGCAAUGGUGAACAGUGCCGGGUUUUACUGAAUCGAAUCAAGCUUCAUCUCCCUGCUUUGAGGAAAUACACCUAUGGGAAACAUAUAGUUGCUAGAUUUGAACAGCUUUCUGGUGGUGAACGUAAGCCAUUUCUUCCACAACUGUUUCUUUUUCUGUAUCUGCAAACUACUGGAAAUUGAAAGAAAAAAACAUGAAUUUG